AUGUCACAACCAGCUUCAAGGCAGUUUUUCCACCUUCUACCAGACAAGUUGAAAACUUUUUUCAGAAAGUAUCCACCAAACGUGAAAUACAGUGACAAACCAACGUCUACGCAUGCGAUCGACGCGAAUCCGUUUCUGCCCAACAAACAUCCGGAAACCGGACGCUAUCACAAUGCCAAGUACUCUUUAAGGCGUUCGAGCGAUCUUUACAAACUUGCGGCUCAGUAUGGCGUACAACAGCUGCUUCCACCUUCUAAAAAACUGUUCUUCGAAGAGAAGUACGAGCAAAAGAAGCUCAUGCGCGGUGUUCUACUACCCAAGGGCCACAAGCACGAACUCAGUCACGACAGCAGACUGCAGAAAAUGCAAGAAGCCAUCAAGAACGCUGACCAGUACAUUUUGGAAGUUAAGGGCAAAAAAUACUUGAAAAAACUCGAGAAACGGAACAAGUCUCGUCCAUCAUGGUUCUGA